AAUGUUCUGUAACUCUGCUCCCGCGUCCCCGUCCCCCCCUUCCCCUGCUUCAAUGAGCAUGCUCACCUACCCUGUGGCUCCCUAUAUAAAGAGGCUCUCAUUUCUGGUAGAGUGCUCAGACUCCUCUACUAAAAGGCUUAUCUCUACCUCUUCAACUGACCAUCAGAUUCUCAAGUCUUCAAAGAAUGAGAGCUGUGACCUGGAGUUGCUACACUGAGCAAUAAAGCUCAGCUGUGCCUCAGAGCUGUGUUUCAGAGCCACCACACCGAGUCGUAACACUUGGCUAUAGCACAGAGCUGCUCCUCUCUGUCGCAACACUUCUGAGCAUCCCAAGACCAAGCCCUAACUUCCAUGGGAAGCUCUUCCCCACCCCACCCAAUGGCUGGUGCAGGCCCAAGACCACAUGUUGGCAUUGCUAUGGAGAAGAGGCCCUGCAAAAAGCCACUGCCACUUUUUAAGGGAAAGAGAGUCAGGCUUGGGCACUGAUGGGCAGCCCUGAGAAAGGUUUCCUCCACUAUGAUGUCAUACAGAAAGGGUGGGGUGUGGCAGAAUGUGGGUGAGCACCGUUACCAAGGCACUUGCCACACAGGUGGCUGCCAGAAAGUUUCUAGCAGACCUAGGGUCAGCACCCUACUGGCCUAGAUCUGUGCGACUGAACCUUGCCCUGUCAUGUUUUCGCUUUAUUUCUGGGCUAUACUGUUGCUGCACUGCCAACAGAUGUGCCUGCCCAUCCUGGCUGUCCCACAGCCAGGCUGGACCCCAUACCGAGUUCACCUGAACUGUGCGCCCCCUAGCAGCUAAUAAGCCCUCUUCCCUCGAUUCUGAUCUCCCGCUCGAAUCACUCACUGCUCUUACUCCCCCAGAAGAGCCUGGGGGCUUUGUUUACCCGGAUUCCUCGGUGCCCACCAAGAUGUUGUCUCCACCUCAGAGGUUUGCAUGACAGCUGUCCCCACAGCUGGAAAAGGUUGCCGCCCCGCCUCAAGGUCUGCGUGCCAAGCUACCUUGGCAAGAGAGGCUCCGAAAACUGCUUCUGAGGUCUGCAGCUGUUCAUGCAAGGCCCGCCGAGGUGACGCUUCCACCACCAAACCUGAUUCUGGGCACAGUUGGACCUUUGGACCCACAGCUUACCAGAACUCCACCGUAGACUGCAGAAGCUAGAGUUCCUCCAGCUGUGCAGAAGCCCUCCUCCCAGCCUGCAGACCCAGCUGAGCCUGUCACUCAACCUCCAGUGCCUCCGGAGACGGGAGCUCCAAGUCCUGGUCAGGAGCCCACUCAACAUCGCCCAUCACGCCCGGUCGCAGGCCCACCUUCCCACGUGGAUCCCAGCAGCACUGCUGUGCCCUCCACAGGGGCUGCACACUCUCCGUCCCUGCAGAAAUCUACAGCUUCUAUAACACAGACUGGGGUGAUGCUGCCAUGCCCAGACCAGGUUCAGGCUCAGCAUCCAAUCCUGACUGAAGUCACCACUCAACCAGCGGAGGUGAAGGCUCUAACUGUGCUAAGGGCACAGAGCAGCACGACACACAAGGACAUAUGUGAGCUCUGUUCCUGCCAGGAGGAGACCCUGUCUUGCACUGACCUUGGCCCCACCCGCAGGCUGCACGAGGUGCCUGCCCUCGAGCCCAGUGCCCACAACAGGACCUUCACCGUCUUAAAUUUCCAAGGAAAUUCUAUUUCUUCCCUUGAUAAGAAUGUUUGGAGAACAUACCAGUGGGUUGAGAAACUGAAUCUCAGUGGAAACUCCCUGACUGAAUUACGAAAAGACUCCUUUGCAGGCCUGCUGUCGCUGCAGUACUUAGAUUUAUCCUGCAAUAAAAUACAUUCAAUUGAAAGAGGGACAUUUGACUCACUACCCUUUUUGCAGUUUGUAAAUCUUCGUUGCAAUUUUGUUUCUCAGAUCAGCUAUGGAACAUUUCAUGCAUGGCACGGGAUGCAGUUU